CUGGAAAAAAGCCCACUGUUUUCCCGCCAUUAAAUCAUCAUUCCAUUUCCUUCCUUCCUUCGUAUCUCUUGAGAUCGAAUCAGAGCAAGGAAAAGUAGUGGAAGUAAUGGCUUCCAUAAUUUUCUCGAGCGCGAACCUAACGAUCGCAAAUUGCAAUCGCAUUCCUUGCUUAAAAUUCGCAAUUGCCAAACCCUCCCUUAAAUUUCCGAUCUCGUCCAAACCGAUCCGUUCUCUCAGGUCUCAGUCUACUUCACGCAUACAAAUCAGCGAAGAAGAUGAAGAGGGCCUUGUGGUUGAGGACCUUAGGGUCCCAGACCACUGGUUGCUCCCUUCGAAGGCAUUGGAGGAAUCAGAAUGGCUCAGGGUUACUCUGCAUAAGUGGUUGGAUGAUGAGUACUGCCCUGAGGAAACUAAUGUGGAAAUCAGUAAGGUUGCUGCUCAAUCAUACUAUGAAUCUUUGCUAGACAAACAGACUGACUUGGGUGAGAUUUUGUUGAAGAUAGCUCGAGAUUUGGAAUCUAUAUCCUAUAAAGAAAGCUUUCACGGGGCAUUCUCAUCAGCAAAUGCUGCAGUAAACUUAAUUGCUCAACGGAUAGAGCAAGAAUAGUUGUUUGACCACUUCGAAGGUAAAAUUUCAUACAAACUAAGCACUGUUUAGCAGGCUAAUUAUUAUGCUGGUCCUGUUCAAUUUAGUUAGCUUUCCUUAAGUUCGAUGUCAUAUCGCUAUUCUCCGUGAACUUUGAGUAUGUCACUCUAAGCUUGUUUUAGAACAAUUCUGAUCGCAUAUCUGGAUACAUUCUGUAAAUUUGCCUCUGAGUUGAUCAACAAGAUCCUUCAUUCUCUUUAUCAUGCACUGAUAGAUCAGCAGAGUGUUAUUUUUCUCUCCUUAAGGCAAAAUGGUUGCACAUUUCAGUGACUGAGAGCUAUGAUUACCCUCUUUUUUAGAGCUUACUUCUUGCACAUCUGCAAUUUGCACAUAUAGACUGCUCUAAUAAUGUGACUGUUUGUUACCCAACUCUGAUAUAAAUACUUGCAAAGUCGUCCUCAUUCUUUGAACAGAAACCAUAAAUUGUUAGUCUCGCUGUGUAAAGUUGCUAAAAGAUGAGAGCUGGUUCAAAACUUCUUGGGCCUGCAAUAGCCCACUUUCUAGAUGACAUGCUAGAAUACUGUCUUUAGGAAACCAAGGCUUGUACUUACAAAGAAUGCAAUUUCCUUUUAACUUCCAUGAAAAAAAAAAA